GGGAGGAGGGAGGGAGGGAGGGGGCGCGCGAACGGCGGUUAAACGGUUCGGCAGUUAACCGGUCCCUCCUCCUCCUCGAGCUCCAUCAUGACCAAAUGAACACUCGGGGAAUGAAAUUUAAAUUCCGGAAAGGAGAACGAGUCCUCUGCUUCGAGCCCGACCCCACAAAGGCCAAGGUUUUAUACGAUGCAAAGAUUGUUGAUGUAGAAGUUGGUAGAGAUGAUAAAGGCCGAAAGAUUCCAGAAUAUCUGAUUCAUUUUAAUGGUUGGAACAGAAGCUGGGAUAGAUGGGCAGCAGAAGAUCAUGUACUUCGUGACACGGAUGAAAAUCGCAGAUUACAGCGUAAAUUGGCCAAGAAAGCUGUGGCUCGCAUGAAAAACAAGGGGAAGAAGAAGCGUCGUUGCCGGCUACCUGGUGUUGACUCGGUGCUAAAAAGUCUUCCAGUGGAUGAAAAGGAGGAGAAUGAUGAAAACUCUUUAAGUGCUUCUUCUGAAGAUGAUGAUGAUGACGAUGAUGAAGAUUGCGACAAUGAUGAUGAUGGCACAGAUGAAGAAUUACUAAAGAGUGACGAUGACAGUGAGCCAGAUGAGAAAGUAGAAAUGAAGGAAGAUCAGGAGACUUGUCCUAAAAAGGAAAUGGAAGAAAAAACAAUAAAUAUAGAAAUUCCAGAAAUUCUGAAGAAGAAAUUAGAGGAUGACUGCUAUUAUAUCAACAAAAGGAAAAAGUUGGUGAAGCUGCCGUGCCAGACAAACAUAAUAAAUAUUUUGGAAUCCUAUGUGAAACAUUUUGCAAUUAACGCGGCCUUUUCAGCCAACGAAAGGUCUCGACACCAUCAAACAAACUCACAGAUCCCGAUGAAUCCUCAUUACAUCCCACCUGAGAAAAAUGUUGAACUGUGUAAAGAAAUGGUGGAUGGUUUAAGAAUAACAUUUGAUUUUACACUUCCUAUGAUUUUACUGUACCAGUAUGAGCAUGCUCAGUUCAAGAAGGUGACUUCAUCUAAAUUCUUUGUUCCAAUCAAAGACAAUCUAUCAAAUAACAGAGCUCAAAAGGAACAUUCACCAAGUCCUCCUCCUCUCUUGAACCCCUCAACACCCCAAUCCACAGACAGUCAACCCUUAUCAGGUGACCCUGCAACACCAAAGCGUCGAAAAGUUGAUCCCGAAUCUAUUCAAUCACUGAGGCGUUCCACACGACAUGCAUCUGGUUGUGACCGCCUAUCUGAAAGCAGUGCUUCCCCACAGUCAAAACGCAGAUUGUAUGAUUCUACCACCCAAAUGCCCAGAUUACUUUUACAUUUAGAGAAAAAAACUCCUGUCCAUAGUGGCUCAUCGUCUCCUGUCACCCUUACACCCAGUAAAGAAGGUGUAACAGUGCUUGAUGGAAGAAGGAAUAACGAAUUGAAUGAGGUUUUGUCUUGGAAAAUGAUGCCGAAUAACUAUCCAUUGACUGAACAACCUCCUGCACCUUCAUAUAUCUAUGGAGCUCAACACCUUUUGCGGCUAUUUGUGAAGCUACCAGAGCUAUUGGGAAAGAUGCAGAUUACUGACAGAAAUCUAAAGGUCUUGGUGAAGCACCUAGAGCUAUUUCUUAGGUUUUUGGCUGAAUACCAAGAAGACUUUUAUCCAGAAUCUGCUUAUGUAGCAGCAUCUGAGGCCUACUAUUGUACAAAACGUCCUCAGGCUAUUUACUGAAGCACUGGCAGACUUGUGAAUUGAGCUCAUUAAGUUACUGUUAGCCUGGUGGCUAUUGGUCGAAAGAAUAUAAAUGACUUUCAACAGCUGGCAACAAGAAGGCUUAUGUUCUAUUAAGUAGUGCUGCCUGUAGGAAAUCUGUUGAAACAUUACACGGUGGAGAUGGACCACUUUGCUUUGUCCGUACUUUGCUGUUUCUUCUUUCGUUCCUGCUUGAUGCUGUGUGCAGACGUUUAUUCUUCAGUGGUUGCAGUCGCUUUGAUUCUGAAAGAAACUACAAUGAAAAAAUCCAUUUGAAAAUUGGCUAAUUGUGACUGAAUUUAUUGAGCAAGACUAGUUCUAUUUUGAACGACUACAGUUUGGGAUGUUCAUUUUAAAAAUAAUGAUUUAAGGAGAUGUUUUGCGAAGUUGAAGAAGACCUUGUAUAACUUGUCGUCGUGCUUACCUAUUCAUGGAAAAUAAAUAUUGUAAUGAAAACUUA